UAUAUAUAAAAUGCUUAUGUAGAUUGGAAAAUGAAACACUCUUUUUUUCUUGAUAUGAUGAAUUUUAGAUCAUCCUUUCUCGUAGUACUAAGUCUGAUAAUAGGUUUGAAUGUCGCACGACUUAGUGCUGAGAGCAAGGUUCAUAUAGUGUAUUUGGGUGAGAAGCAGCAUGAUGAUCCGGAACUUGUCACAGAAUCUCAUCACCAGAUGUUAUCGUCACUUCUUGGCAGUAAAGAAGAUGCCCAUGAGUCAAUGGUGUAUAGUUAUCGACAUGGCUUUUCAGGCUUUGCGGCUAAGCUUACCAAAUCACAAGCCAAGAAACUCGCUGGUAGCCUGGUACUCAUUGUUGUCUUAAAUUCUCCUCAAGUUGUUCAUGUCAUGCCUGAUGGUUACUUAGAACUCACGACAACUCGAACUUGGGACUAUUUGGGCCUUUCUGCUGCCAAUCCGAAGAAUCUCCUAAAUGAUACAAACAUGGGUGAUCAAGUUAUCAUUGGAGUUAUUGAUACAGGAAUGUGGCCAGAGUCUGAAUCAUUUAAUGACAAUGGGGUUGGACCAGUACCGAGCCAUUGGAAAGGAAAGUGUGAACCAGGACAAAACUUCAAAUCAACUAGUUGCAAUAGAAAGCUCAUAGGAGCCAAGUACUUCAUCAAUGGGUUUCUUGCUCAAAACAAAGGAUUCAACUCCACAGAAUCACCUGAAUACAUUUCCGCUAGAGACUUUGACGGCCACGGCACGCACGUAGCCUCUACCGCGGGUGGUUCAUUUGUUCCUAACGUGACCUACAAGGGACUCGCUAGAGGAACCUUGAGAGGCGGUGCACCUCGUGCUCGCAUAGCAAUGUACAAGGCCUGUUGGUAUCUUGACGAGCUAGACGGAGUGACUUGCUCAUAUUCUGACAUCUUGAAAGCGAUUGACGAAGCUAUGCAUGACGGUGUUGAUAUUCUAUCAAUCUCUCUCGGUGCUAGAGUUCCUCUGAGCUCUGAAACCGAUCUGAGUGAUGGGUUUGCUUCUGGAGCAUUCCAUGCGGUCGCAAAGGGCAUUGUAGUUGUUUGUGCCGGUGGUAACGCUGGUCCAACAACUCAGAGUGUGUUGGAUCAUAACAGUGGCUGCAACUACUCUAGACCGGGUCAAGCAAUCUACACAGGUCCACCAGAACUAGGCUUCACUAGUUUGGUUUAUCCAGGGGAUCUAGAGAACAGUAAUGAGGGCUUUAGUGGUGUUUGUGAGUCCCUUAACCUCAACCCAAACCGUACAAUGGCAGGUAAAGUUGUGUUGUGUUUUACAACUUCGAGAGCUUACGCCACUGUAUCAGCAGCUGCUUCUUUUGUAAAGUCAGCAGGUGGUCUUGGCCUGAUCGUCGCGAGAUACCCGGGGUACACUCUCGCUCCAUGCACAGAUGAUUUCCCCUGUGUCGCCAUUGAUUACGAGCUCGGGACCGAUAUGCUUUUCUACAUACGUUCCACCGGAUCACCUGUUGUGAAGAUAAAACCUUCAAGAACACUCGUUGGACAACCUGUUGGGUCAAAGGUAGCAACUUUCUCAUCAAGAGGGCCUAACUCGAUUUCCCCGGCGAUUCUAAAACCUGACAUAGCAGCACCAGGAGUGAGCAUAUUAGCUGCUACAUCUCCCAAUGCCAGCUUCAAUUCCGGUGGAUUUGUUAUGCUUUCAGGAACAUCAAUGGCGACUCCAGCUGUUUCAGGAGUUAUUGCACUUCUCAAAGCUUUGCAUCCUGAUUGGUCUCCUGCUGCCUUUAGAUCAGCUAUUGUCAGUACAGCUUGGAGAACAGAUCCAUUCGGAGAGGAGAUAUCUGCAGAAGGUUCAUCUCGCAAAGCAGCUGAUCCGUUUGAUUAUGGUGGAGGCCUUGUGAACCCUGAGAAAGCUGCGGAUCCAGGUCUCAUAUACGACAUGGGACCAAAAGACUAUGUUCUCUACUUAUGCUCUGCUGGUUACAACGACUCAUCAAUCUCUCAGCUUGUUGGAAAAGUAACAGUCUGCCCAAAACCUAAACCUUCCGUUCUUGAUGUCAAUUUGCCUUCAAUCACUAUACCAAACCUCAAAGACGAAGUCACUCUCACUAGAACCGUCACUAACGUUGGACCGGUUGACUCGGUCUAUAAACUCGUGGUCGAGCCUCCGCUUGGGAUCCGAGUGGCUGUGACGCCCGAGACGCUAGUGUUUAACUCCAAAACUAAAAGUGUCUCCUUCACGGUUCGUGUCUUGACCACACACAAGAUCAACACUAGAUACUACUUCGGAAGCUUGAUAUGGACCGACUCUGUGCAUCAGGUGACUAUUCCUGUGUCUGUGAGAACACAGAUUCUGCAAAACUACUAUGAUGAGAACUGA